GAAGCAGAUCCUAGCUUUAGAGUUUAAAUAUAAAUUAAAAACAAAAAUGCGGUUCAUUAGUGUAAUGAUCAGUCUUUUACUUGUGGCUUCAGCAAUUUUUAGCAUUUACCUCAUUGUAGUUUUAUUUUCCAAUAUAAGUAAGUAUUAAUUGUUACGUAUUUUGGAUAUUAAGUGAUCUAAUUCAUCUUGUUAUAAUAAGACGUUCCAGAAAUGAUUGGCGGAGCAGAAUCAUCAGAAAUCUUCGAAUGUAAGGAAAAUGUCACUCAAAAUGCACCUUGUUUUGGUCUUGUAAUGGUUACUCGUCACGAAUGGUUAGCACAACCGCCUAUAACGCCAAUUGAUAAAUUAGACUUACCAGCUGAAAACAUAAUUUUAACAGACACUAAAACUGAAGAGUGUGUAAUGAAACCCAACUGCAAAUACCUUAUCCGCACUCUCCAAGACGAGCAUAAUUUGCAUAAUGAUGACAUCGCAUAUAAUUUUCUAAUUAGUAGCCAAGGAGACAUUUACGAAGGACGGGGAUGGUUACUUCAAAGUGCAGAAGAUUCUGAAAAGCUUAUGAAAACCAGUUACUGGAUAGGUCUAAUUGGAAAUUUUACAAACAACAAUCCAAUUCCAGAGACACAAGUUAGCGCAGUUCAGCAUUUUAUAUUGCAGGCAAAGUCUUCUGGAAAAUUGAUUUCAAGUCCGAAAGUUCUUUGUUCGGAAAAUAUUUUAAUCACAAAUAAAUUUACUGAUGGUUUCUUGAACACAUCUAAUAAAUAUAUGCAAUGCUUGAAUAAAGAUUGAAUUUUACGAGCCAUAGAUCUUUUUUAUUUAGCAAGCAUUCGUCCCUAUCGAGGCAUCCGUCGGAACGGAAAAUUCUUCUAUUUCAUACUAA